AUGGUAAACUUUUGUCAGUGUUGACAUUUUUGGAAAUAUUUUCAGACAAUUGCAAUCUUUUCGAGGUUUCGGCCGAUAAAUUUGAUGUGCGUAUUCUGCAUGUCUAGGGCUUCAAUUGUUGUGCUUACAAGUUUUCCGUACGAUUUUUGUCAAGAAACUUAUUGACCCGGGCAGGUGAGACUUCGAAAACGAGAUUUCUGAACAGAUUAGGUUACGUUGUUCGCACUGAAAUUGGACUUUUUCAGUGCAGAAAUCUUGUUUUUGCUGUCUCGACAGUCCGGGCUCAGAAAUUGCAGAAUACGCACAGCAACUUUAUACACCCAAGCCUGUUUCACCGCCAUACACAAUUUUGACCGUAACUUUUCAAAAUUUCAGGUCGAACCUGAAAAGAGAGGGCGUCUCGGACACGUACCACCGCAUCCACUGGCACAAAGUCGGCGCGCACAUCGCCGUCACCCAAUUCGGCAAUGUUUUGUCGGCGGGAGCGGAAUGCGUGCUCGCAAGGCACGCGAAAGGCGCCAAAGAGGCGACGUUUCUGCCGAGAUUGGCAGCGCCCGUCGUCGGAUUGACGCUCUCCGGCGACUCGUCCACUUGUGCCAUGAUCAUGGGUACGGACCGGAGGCUUGCUUCUUAUCUAUCAUUAUCCGCCAGGACGCUUAACUUUUCACGAGUAUCAAUUUUGGCCUGAUGUAUCUACCUGACAACUUUCAGCCCGAUUAGGUUAUCUAAUCUGGAACUAUCUUGUUUUGAGUGUUUUUGCGAAAAGUGAGGGUGUUUGGUCUGAAAUCAAUAUAACCCCUAGAUCAGAUGAUCCAAAAGAGUGGAAAUUUUUCAGGUAGAUACUGUAGCUACAGUAAAGCAAAAAGUGAAAAGUGAACAUUGAGAUGUUCAAACUAUCAUGUUACACUUCCCUCAUACACACAAACAGAAAUACAGAGUGUUUAUAUUUGCACAGCUCUGAUCUUUGAUUAUCAGUGAAGAAUCCUGGGAAAUUAGGAUCCACGUCACUUUGUUUUUCUGAAAAUUGUGAGCCAUUCUAAACUGCGAAGUUUAAAUGCAAAUCGUAUGGUCAUAAGGGGGGUUUAGGUGAAAUUUUCAUAUUUGGUACUUUACUUUACCAGUUGACUGCACAUUUGGGAGCGGUUGUACGGAAAAGUCGUCAAUUGGAAAAGUAUAGUACUCGGUGUGUAGAUUUUAUCCGAAAAAGGUUUUUGUCGAGCACAAUAGGGGAGGUCCAAAAACGUUCAUUUUUCUUUCAGAAGACAAUUCGGUCCACACGGUUCUCCUCUCGACGAUGGCCAUCAAAACGACGAUGGCCACCCUGGAAUACUGUCCCAGAUCGUUGAACACGGUCUUUUCCAAGUAAGAUCCCCCCCCCCUUGCGCUCAUUCAUUUGCCCACGCUAAACACACGUCUUCCAGCGACCCGGCCCACCCGCGCGACAUUGUGAUGAACGGAAAGCCGGGCACGAUCCAAUGGUUCGACCCGGUCUCGGUCACGACGCGCCGCAAAACGCACGUGACUCUGGAGAACGUGAUCGACGGUGACAUGACGUCGCGCGGCAUCCGGCUGGCGUUCCGCGACGUUCUCGUCGCCUCGCUCACGCCGAAUCUCAUCGCGACCGUCGAGAAGUUCGUCAACUACGACGGAGAGAACCACGUGCGAUUCUGGAAGCGCACCGGAAACAGCGAGGCCAAGUUGGUGGCCAGUGUGGCCGUCAAAAAGGACGUGGUGUUUGUGGGAACGUGCUCCGAGCCGGCUUCUCGUUUUGCGGUAAGCAUUCUGCACACGUUGGAGCAUUAAUAUCAGAGGGAAGACGGGACUCUUCGAAUUUGAACGUUUUUCCAAGGCUUUCCCUCACCCUAGUUAGCGCUAUAUUUAGAUGUCUUGAGCUGAUUUCUCUGAUAUAAUCCAAUUCGCAGAACACAAUUGUGACGGCGUCGACGAGCGGCACGAUCAGUGUGUGGGACUACACGGAGAAGGACGUUCGCGAGGAUAUGGAGCGCUCGCGCAACUGGCAAGACGCCGAGAUCCACGCCGUUUCGGCCAUCCAACCGAACGGAACGUUUGUGAGCGCACACGGAAAACAUGCAGUGCUGUGGAGCGUCAAAAAUGUAAAAUUUCUAUUGAUUCCCACCCGAAUUCACACACGUCUUGCGCAUUCAGAUGAAAGUGAUCGACGUGCUGAGCUGCGAAGACGACAUUUCGAGUGUGUCGUUCUCUUCGGAAGGCCGCUACCUGAUCGUGGCCACGAAAAAAGGCGUCGUCUGCUGGGACACCCUCUGUCUUUUGGUCGUGUGGCGCAUCCAGCAGAGCGUGGGCGUCUACGUCAACUCGGUCGGAUGCUUCGCGUUCGACGGCCCGCAAGUGAUGCGAUUCGACGUGGAGACGGGCCGAGUCCUGGCCACCGUCCAGUUCUCCGCGCACGUCGAGCAGCUCGUCGUCAUUGAGCAACGCAAAGGAGCCAUCGUCUAUGUGGCGAAAACGGACAAGGUGGGGAGACGUUUUGCAACCGGGAUUUGAUGGAAAACGGCGGAAACAAGUUGUUUCACUCGUCAUUGAUCUAUCUUUUUUUUUGUCAAACGACACGUUCGAUGUGGAAAAUUCUACGCCGUAUUAUUUUUACUACUUCUUAUUUAUGUGCGUUGUUUUUCGUUUGUGAGUGAGGAAAGUGAUGUUCAGUUUUGACACGUCGACAAAUUUUUAGUUUGAUGGCAUAUUCAACAUUUCGGCUUCUAAAGGUUUUUACCGAGACGCCAAGGUAAUCUUGAUGGAGGCUAAAAUCAAAAUGCUGGCAAAAACAAGUCAAAAACGGACAUCACUUUACUCGCUCAGAAACGCAACACACAAAAGAAAACGUUGUUAAAGUAAAACGACGUAUAAUUUUCACUAUAGAACGAGAUCAAUAACAUGUGAAGACAAGGCUGCAAAAUAUUCCAUUUUUUUCAGUUCACUAAAGAUACACACGUUUCGAUUUUGCUAAUGAGAACCACAUUUCAGGGACUCCUCUGCAACCGUCCGCUAUUCAUCAAAACCAGCGGCGGAGGAGGCGGCGAUCGGAAAUCGACAUCGACGACGCCGAAAACGCCGUUCGAGCAGCUGGCGCGAGUCUCGACUUCAUCGUCGACGUCUUCGCAGCCGACCUGCGAUCAGCCGUUUGUGCAGCAACCACGUCCCGAGUCGGCGCGUCUGUUCGCCGGACCCGUACAAUCCCUACCGCCCAUCUCGUUCAUUGCCCCACUUUUCAUUGAGAAAUCGUUGCUCCCGCCGCCUGUUCGCAUCUGA